UGCAGCAGAGGCAGCAGCAGCUGAGGAGCGGGGCCGCCGGUCCCCGUCUGCAGGGCUCUGACUCAGGAGACCAGCGGAGGGGACACGGCGGGCUCCUCUGUCAGCUGCCGGUCAGUCUGCUCUCAGGUCGCGACUGCAGGUCUGAAACGCUCGGGCGCGGUUUCGGUUCGGAUCUGCAGAUGAUGCGAGGAGGAGGAGAAGAAGAAGAAGAAGAAGCAGGUGUGCUGCCCGGAUUUCUCCUGAAGACGUUCGCCUCAAAGGGUUAAAGUGGGAGGCAGGCGCCGCUGUUGUUGGUUGUCACUUCCGGGUGAUGAAUAGGCAGAUCACAUCCCCCCGGUGAAGGAAGAAGAAGAAGAAGGUCCAGGGAGAAGUUCGUCAGCAUCGAUGCUCCGCGCGGUCGGGAUGGAGGAGUUUGUCACGGAGGAUGAGGAGCCGUGGUACGACCAGCGGGACCUGGAGCAAGACCUGCACUUGGCAGCGGAGCUCGGCAAGACUCUCCUGGAACGCAACAAGGAGCUGGAGGACUCCCUUCAGCAGAUGUACAUCAACAACGAGGAUCAAGUGCAAGAGAUAGAGUACCUGUCCAAGCAGAUGGAAAUGUUGAGGGAGAUGAACGAGCAGCACGCAAAGGUGUACGAGCAGCUGGACGUGACCGCCAGGGAGCUGGAGAUCACCAACGAGAAGCUGGUGCUGGAGAGCAAGGCCUCGCAGCAGAAGAUAGACAGGUUGACGGGCACCAUGGAGACCCUGCAGGGUCAGGUGGACGGUCUGACAGCCCGGGUGGAGGAGCUGCGAACUCUGGAGGAGCUGAGGGUCCACAGGGAGAGGAAGGAGCGCCGCAAGACCGUGCACUCCUUCCCCUGCCUCAAAGAGCUCUGCACGGCACCGAGGUAUGAGGACGGUUUCCUGUUGGCCAACCCGGGCAGCGUCGACCUGGCUGAGCGACGGCCGGAGGAGGAAGAGAACGAGCGCCUGAGGGACAUUGUCUCGUCCCUGCGCUCGGCCAUGGUCACGGAGCGGUCCAAGAGGGAGGGCGCUGAGCGGGAGUGUUCUGCCGUGCUGCAGGAGUUCGAGCGUCUGGAGCAGCGUCUCUUGGGGGCCGAGGGCUGCCAGCUAAGGGUUCGGGAGCUCGAGGCCGAGCUCCAGGAGAUGCAGCAGCUGAGGAAGUCCAGGAUGUGCCUGAUGGCGGGCAUGGAAGACGGCCUUGAGACGCUGCUCAACAACGGCCCCGAGACGGACACCCCGGAGGUGUGCACGGAGCUGGAGGAGGGCGGUGAAGGAGGCGCCGGAGAGGCAGGGAGCACGGGGCAACAGGGCGGCCCGGUGAGGAAGAGCUGCAGCGACACGGCUCUGAACGCCAUCUCAGCUCGGGAUGCUUCAGGCCGUCGUCAGGGCAGUUACGCCAUGCACGCCAACGGGGUGCGCAAGCGGGGCAUGUCCAUCCUGAGGGAGGUGGACGAGCAGUACCACGCCCUGCUGGAGAAGUACGAGGAGCUGCUGGGGAAAUGCCGGCGUCACGAGGAGAGUCUGUGCCACGCCGGGGUGCAGACGUCGCGGCCCGUCUCCAGGGACCCGUCCAUGAAGGAGUACAGCAUGGUCUCCGCGGGGCCCUCGGCAUGCGGGGCGGCCGCCGCGCCCCCCACGCCCCCCCAGACCCCCUCCACCCCGGAGGCGCUGGAGGGGAUCAGCAGGCAGGUGGAGCAAGUGGACAAACGGCUCAGCCAGAACACGCCCGAGUACAAGGCGCUGUUCAAAGAGAUCUUCUCCCGCCUGCAGAGGACCAAGAGUGACGUAAACUCCACCAAGAGAAAGACGAAGUGAGCGUGAGUCAGUCUGACACCACGUGACUGAUCUUAACUGACCUCAGUGUGUGACGGCCCAUGACCGUAAGGGUGGAUGAUGAAUGGUAACAGGCUAUUAACAGGCGAGGCCUCCAAUUGUUUCUAAGCAGGGAUGAAAAGAAACGCCUUUUUUUUUCCUGAGCGACCAUAAUUGGUAAAUAACGAGAACGGAAGGUCUUUUUCUGUCUAAGGACAAUCUAGUAUGUGACCUAGUAUUUGUAGUUGAAAUGAUGUAACUGCCAUUCAUUAUUUAUGUGGGGGGGGGGAAUUAUGAUAAAACAGGGAAAAAAUGCCAAUUACUUAAAAUAUUUGCAGCAUGUUUCUGUCUAAUAAACACUAAGUGCUACAUUGGUCUUAAAAGCAGGAACAAAAAUGACAAGCUUUUGACCGGCUUGAAGAUGAAACAGUGAUACUUAGACUGUGUGUUGAGUUGAGUUGAGUUGGUUGGAUGUUACAAAUCCUUCCAGACAUCUGCCAAAGUUUACUGUGCACAAGUGUUUGGUAGGGGUUCACAUGGUUUAUUGUGGUGAUGGAGAUGCCUCCGUAGUAGUUGUUGACAGCGUGCAAUACAAGCCACACGGGGCCAAUUAUCAGUUUCUUCGUUUCAGGGAUUUGUUUGAUCACUUCAUAAAUUAAAAAAGAAUGACUGUAUAUGAAUCCUAUGGUCCUUUACGUACAGUCAUUGGCUGAACACCAGUGUCGCAUCAUGAAAGUCGUCUUUGUAGUCGUCUGAAAUUUUUUUUCCCCCCGUUAAAAAUACUAAACGUAUCAAUUAAAGUUACUUUAAUUUCAACAAUUCAAACCUACCCGUGCCAUAACUAUUUUGAAUAAAACAGGACACACGUAGGCCCAGUCUGAACACUUUAAUGUGAACACAGGAGCUCAGUCAACUGAAGGUAACACAAGUAGCACACACACAUGGAGCCACACCCGAACCCACAGAGAAGAACACCAGUCCAUGAACGAAGCUGCGGAGAACAAUGCCGUUCACAUACUCAGUGGAGUGUGAUAAUUGUUUUUAUAUAUAGCAACCACUGGUGUCUGGUUGUGGACUGAUGUUUCUCUCUGUUGGUGCAGAGGUCAAUUACAGAGUUUCCCCUCACUGAUGCCGAGCACAGAGGGCUGCCCACGUCAGCAGGAGCAGCAUGUGGUCACACGAGACUGGGAGGCACAGUGAGCAGUGGUGGAAGUUGAACUAGAGAACAACAAAGGUGAGCAGUUUUAAACAGUCCCUGCAAUUCAACCAGAAAGAACUAAAGGUAACAACACUGACAAGACGGCCUCAGAUACUAUAGAGGAGACUGGGCGAUACGAAGCCAGUCGACACGACCUGAUCUAGAGUUGCUACGCCCUAAAAAGAGUUCAUUAAACUGAUAUGAAGAUGGUUUGCAAAUGAUCAAACAGAGCUAACAAUAUAGAUGUCUAUCUAUAUGUAAUGGCUUUUUACAAAUCAUCAAACCUGAAACAAAGGCAUUUAAAAGUCCUUAUUCCCUGCCCGCGUAUUAAUAUCAGUAUAAGUAUUGUUAAAAAACGGCUCAAAAUGAUGGUCUGGCAAAUAUAGUCUGAAGGCAAAAGGCUCUACUAGGUUUUCCCAUUUCUUCCUAGGGGUUCUUGUUAAGGCCACAUGGCUGCUAUAAUACCCUGAUCAGGAGACGGACACGGACACGGACACACACACACACACACACACACACACACACACACACACACACACACACACACACACACACACACACACACACACACACACACACACACACACACACACACACA